UGGUAAAGAAAGCGUGGAAGCUACUCCGGAUAACACACAAACAUUCUCUAUGAAUGAGGAGCAGACGGAAACGAUAAAAUAUCAAUAGGGGACAGACGCUGCGAAAGUCCCAAGUCACACGCAUCGAAGAAGAGCUGAAGGUGAAUAUGGAUGUGAAAGCGUUAGCGAAAACUCCAGCCUUCAUCAAAUAUGGAGAAAUCAUAUUCGGGUUGCUGGCGCUUUCACUCUACCGGGCCGCGGUUGAGCCAACGGAGUUUUCUCUCGAGCCCUGGGAACCACUUCCCCCUAAAGCCCAGGCGUUGAACAUUAACGAGGAAUUUGUGGUCACCGGGACCCUGUUGGGGCUGUUCCUCUCCACCCUCGUCUUCCCCUUCGCCCUCCUCUUCGGCCACAAGACCGGGUCCAUGGUGAGUCUCGGGCGACGCCCCGGAGAGGCCUUCGUCACUCCCGCGAGAACGGAUCAUCCGGCACCUCCCUACUUUCAGGAGAUGAUCCACGCAGCAGUCAGCGCCUUCUUCUACCUCGUCUCGGGGAGCCUGCUCCUCAAGGAAUACACGGAAGGCGACAGGACCAAGGAGGCGAGGAUGGCCAUCGCCUCGGGCGCCUUCUGCAUCCUCGUCACUGUCGUCUUCAUCGCGGACGCCGUCUUCGCCGCCUUCAAGUGGCGCAGGGACGACGAUUGA